UCUUCAGAUUUUGGAGGGCUUUGCUGUUCUAAAAUGAAAUCUAGGGCUUUAUUUUAGUUUAUCUGCAUCUCUAUCAGUUCGUUUUGAACACGCUGUAGAGCUUGGAAUCCGUGGAUUGAGGAAUGGAAGCUCCAUUUAUCAGUCGAUCUAGAUUAUUUUAUGGCGAAAAAUCGUCGUUCUUUGUCUCCCGCUGUCGUCAACUGAAAAUCUCAGUCAGCACACCACCUAAAUUUAUGUGCUAUCGUAGUCGAAUUAGGACAAAUUGCCCCGACCCUUUUAUUUCGAGAAUUUCAUGCACGCCGAGAUUACAGGAAGCUAAGGUGAUUAAUGGCGAGCUUUAUUUGAAGCCAGCGGAUAGAGAAAACGAGGGUGUGAUGGUUGGAGAUUCUAUUACGGAUCGGAACUUUGAUUUAUUGGAGCUUUUGUUCAAGCGUGGAUUUGUUUUUGGUGCAAUGGUUUGUGGGAUUUUUGUGCUUGGUUGCCAAAGAGUUCUUGCGAUGGAAGUGGUUGUUGAUGCGGGCUACAGAGUUUUUGGACAGAGCGGGCUGUUACUGAGAGGAGCUUGGCCCAAAGUGUUGAAAAUUCUAUGCGUUUUCAAAGAGCAAGGUUUGGUGUUAGCUGCGCUUUUGGGUCUCUCUGCAUUUUUUUCAUUGGCUGAGACUUCGAUAACGACUCUAUGGCCUUGGAAGGUGCGUGAAUUGGCUGAAAAAGAGCCUGAAAAUGGUGUCUUCAGAAUGCUUUCUAGUGAUGUAACCCGGUUCCUGACAACUAUUCUUAUUGGCACCACUGUGGUUAAUAUUGGAGCUACUGCACUAGUCACAAAGGCAGCAACAAAAAUGUUUGGUGAAGCUGGUGUUAGUGCUGCAACUGGAGUUAUGACUGUUGCCGUUUUGCUCCUUACAGAAAUCACUCCAAAAAGUAUUGCUGUUCACCAUGCCACAGAGGUUGCUAGGUUUGUGGUCAGACCAGUGGCAUGGCUUUCCUUGGUAUUGUAUCCUGUGGGAAGAGUUGUCACUUUUUUAUCGAUGGGAAUGCUUAAAAUGCUCGGGUUGAAAGGGAGAAGCGAACCAUCUGUUACUGAAGAUGAGUUGAAGUUGAUUUUGCGAGGGGCAGAGUUGAGUGGAGCAAUAGAGGAGGAAGAACAGGAUAUGAUUGAAAAUGUGUUAGAGAUAAAAGAUACCCAUGUCAGGGAAGUGAUGACACCCCUGGUAAAUGUUGUUGCAAUUGAUGUUAGUGCAACACUUACCGAUUUCCAUAACUUGUGGGUGACUCAUCAAUACUCGAGGGUGCCUGUUUUUGAGCAGCGUGUUGACAAUAUAGUUGGUAUUGCAUAUGCAAUGGAUCUGCUGGACUAUGUCCAAAAGGGUGAGCUACUAGAAAGUUCUUUUGUGGAAGAUAUUGCACACAAGCCUGCAUAUUUUGUUCCAGAUUCAAUGUCAGUGUGGAAUCUUCUUAGAGAGUUUCGCAUCAGGAAGGUCCACAUGGCUGUUGUUCUUAAUGAAUAUGGUGGAACUGUGGGAAUAGUAACUCUGGAAGAUGUUGUUGAAGAAAUUGUUGGUGAAAUCUUUGAUGAGAAUGAUUCAAAGGAGGAGAUCCAGAAAAAAACGGGUUAUGUUGCUAUGCGAGGAGAGGGAAUUUUUGAUGUUGAUGCAAAUACAUCAAUAGAUCAACUCUCUGAAGACCUAAAUGUCAAAAUGCCAGAGGGCCAACAGUACGAGACUGUAUCAGGUUUUAUCUGUGAGGCAUUUGGAUAUAUUCCCAGGACAGGUGAGAGUAUCAAAGUGGUACUUGAAAAUGCAAAUCGCGAGGAGAAUGAUGAAUUUAAUGAACCAGAAUCUGAUCACCAUGAUCAGAAGGAAAAAUAUCAUAUUUUUAAACUUGAGAUAUUGGCAGGAAAUGCGAGGAAGGUAAGUGCUGUCCGAUUUGAACGAGUAAACCAGGAUAAUGCAACAUUAGAGACCAAAGAAGUAACUCGCUUGGUACCCAGAAUUAUGAAAAGGAAAUGGCGGGACGAUGAAGGCUUGGAUAAGGGUGACUACAUUGAGAUUGCAUUUCAGGAGAGAUAAGAGGAUGGCCUCUCAGUUGAUGUAAUUGCUGAACAUGAAGAUGGUUAUGAUAAUAGAAAAUAAACAGUAGUUACAUACUCCCCAUCAUCCCUUUCAUACAGCAGCAAAAAUAGAUAAAGAGAGAACAAAAAGAAAGAAAAUAACUAGGGAAACUAGGAUGUAAGUCUUGUCUACAGAUGAAGAGAAGUAUCAACGUCAGCAUCGUUAAAACUAUUCGAUGUGUGAAUAUUGGUUUUAUCUCUGAGCCAAAAGUUCAGCAGAGGGGUCUCAACAGCUUGAAAAUUGGCAUGGUUGACUCGUGAAUUGGCUCGAUGGGAUAGGGAACCUUGUUGAGGUGGCGCAGGAGGAAGUAUCAAUUCAGAAUGGAAGAAUAGCUUGGCUGUCUCGAGAUGCAUGGUUGGAGUGAUUCUUUCAGACUCAACAAACAAUCUCAAGAGCUCUCUUUCUUCUCUCAUCGCUUUCACCCUCUGCAACUUCCUGAACCUCUCCUGCAGGAGAACAAUGGAGGAACAGAUAGCAGUAGUAUCGUUGCUCUGCCUACCCAUUGGAGGAACUAGUGUUGUGGUCAAGACUGAUAGAAGUAAUUUUUUACAGAACCUUAAAAUCCUGUGUGCAUACAUAUAUAGGAAAAUGAAAUUGUCAUCUAGCACAUAUAUCAUUUUUAAGCCUUAUAGUGGAUUUUGUAUAAUCUCAAAUAGAGUAGAAUCAGCAGCUGAGGUUCCAACUCCAAGAAAGUAAGGUUUAUAUGGUUAAUCUAAGGAGUGUGUGGGGUUGGUGGUUGUGAGGAGGGGCCAGAAGCACUAUUUAUGGGA